AUGUCGUCGAAUCAGUGGGACGUUUGUACCUUUACGACUUGCUCAAUCAAGCAGAGCAUCUUCCAAUAUCGCCCAUCUUUGGCAGCCAACAGUGUCUUCAUUGCACUGUUCGGUCUGAGUCUCAUAAUCCAUGUCUUCGAAGGCGUUUUUUACAAGCAAAAGACUUUCGCAAUGCUCAUGUCGCUUGGUUGCAUCUGCGAGAUGAUUGGAUACGGUGGUCGUAUCUUGAUGUGGAAGGAUCCUUGGGGAUUCAAUGGUUUCAUCAUCCAAAUUGUCUGCAUCACUAUUGCGCCAGUGUUCAUGACUGCAGCAAUCUACGUGACUCUAUAUAGGAGCAUCAUGAAGCUGUCGCCGUCUAGCGCAGCUUUCAAGCCUGCGUUUUACUACCAGAUCUUUGUUCCUUGCGACAUUGUGGCCUUGGUUUUGCAGUCAGUCGGAGGUGCCAUGUCCUCUCAAUCGAGUGGCUCCUCGCAAGCAGGCGUCAACAUUGGCUUGGCCGGCUUGUCUUUCCAGGUACUCACGUUGCUCAUCUUCAUUGCCUUGGGAUGCCAGUAUACAUUGCGCUAUCGUGCGGACGCCAAGUUGGGCAGAGCCAGUAUGAGCAGUCUUGAUGGUCGCUUCAAGUGGGUCUUCGGCAUGGUCUCCUUCGCGACUCUUCUCAUCUUCAUUCGCUGCGUGUAUCGUAUCUACGAGUUGAGCAAUGGCUACCAUGGCGCCGCCCUCCACGACGAAGGUCUCUUUAUCGGACUCGAGAGCAUUAUGAUCAUCUUGGCUACCUUUAUUCUGAACAUGGGCCACCCCGGCAUGGUGUUCAGUCCAAAGUACCAGCAGUCUCACGCUGCUGAUGUCACGGCUGAAAUGAGCGACUCUGGUGUCUCUACCGAGAAAGUCAAGCAUUGA